GAGCUUUGAACGAGUCAUUUUGAAGCGACAAGAUGGUGCUGUAUGUGAUUGGUUUAGGUCUGGGCGACGAGACGGACAUCACGGUCCGCGGCCUCCGAGCGGUGCAGUCAUGCGACAAAGUAUACUUGGAGAACUACACGAGCAUCCUUGGCAUCGACCACAACACGUUGAGCAAAUUCUACGGCCGCGAAGUGAUCCUCGCGGAUCGUGACUGCGUGGAAACUGGCGCUGAAGUUAUCUACGCCAAUGCGAAAGACCAGAACAUUGCGUUUCUUGUUGUUGGGGAUCCAUUCUGCGCCACGACCCACUCCGAUUUGAUUCUGCGUGCCCAGGAGAUUGGCGCCAAGGUAGAAGUGAUUCACAACGCGUCUGUGAUGGGUGCCGCGGGCGCGUGCGGGCUGCAGUUGUACCACUACGGCCAAACCGUGUCGAUCCCCUUCUUUAAUGACAACUGGCGCCCUGACAGCUUUUACGACAAAAUUGCGUUCAACCGUAAGGGCGGUCUACAUACGUUGUGUCUUCUUGAUAUCAAGGUGAAGGAACCCGACUUUGAAGCGAUGGCGCGCGGCCGCACCGUUUUCUUGCCGCCUCGCUUCAUGACUGUCAACCAAGCCGUGGAGCAGUUGCUCGAGGUGGAGGACAAGCGCCAGGAAGGCGUAUACUCCCGCGACACACUGUGCGUGGGCUUGGCUCGGUUGGGUCAAACCGAUCAAAAGAUUGUUGCUGGCACGAUGGCUGAGCUGUUGACGGUGGACUUUGGCGCGCCGUUGCACUCACUCGUGAUCGCUGGGGACGUCCAUGUGCUCGAACAGGAAAUGCUGGCGCAGUUCAGCGUCAAGUUGCUCCAACCCGCCGCGGCGAAAGCCGUGGAAGAGGAGAGCACUGCAUAGACAAUAAUUCCAGGCAAAAUCACAACGCACGAUCGUUGGGACAAAUUGUUUUUAUCGUCAUUUUUAGAAUAACCAAAAACGAAUAGUGAUUGUGCA